GUUCUCCUUGCUCCGUCCGCUUUCGCCGCCUCCCUCCUGGCAGUUCUUCAGAUAAUCAGAUUUGUCCAUGAGGUUUCAACUGUUGCAUUCCAUUGUUGAGUUUUAUUCUGUUUGCGUUUCUGUUUGUUUUUGUCAUGGAUCUGGCUGAUUGGAGGCUGUGAUGACCAAAAAAUACCUACCUAUUUUCUGAGGGAUUCCAGUCCUUCUGAUUGAUAGAAACCAAUGGAUCCUUCUGAGCCUGCCAAGAUCUUCAGAUUCUUAGUUUUGUAUUCGGCUUUUUCGAUUUGUCUUCGUAUAUUGCAUUCUUCUAAAAGCAAGCAAGAUUCGUAACAGUUGAUGGGAUGAUAACCUUUCACAGAAACUGUAUGUGUUGACCCAAAAUUCAGACUACAAUUAUCUGAUCAACUCAGACAUCUUGCUAAAGGGGGUUUCUUUUUUUCUGCUUUCAAAUCAAGAACAUUUUUUUUUGCCUAUCUUCUUUGCAAAGAACACUUUGAUUAGAUGUAAACUGUGCACAAUAAGCCGAUGCUCUGGAUGAGAAGAGGAAGGAAGCAUGGUAGUGUGUACAGAGAUGGAUUGAUUUUGUUGGUCUGCAUGUCUGCCUGCGGUGAUGCCUUCGGGCUUUGAUCUCGCGGGCCUGGAUUUGACCCACACUUCCUAUUUUUCUUUUAAUCUCGUAAACUGAUUUAAGAAGCAAUUUCGCGGCUGUUAUAUUCUGUUUUUAACUUUCUAAACCCAAAAGAACGACUAAAUAACAUUACAAUUUGCAGGUUACAUUUAACAUUGAUUUCCCAGAAAAACUUGAUUCAAGAACCAGUAUGACUAUCCAGGUUGUGAUUGAUAUUUUACAUCUAGAACAACGUAAUUGAGGAACUGCUACCAAAUGUGAACUGGAAUUCAAGAAUUUGCUCUACGGCUCUACCAGCUACAUGCUACAACUACUAUCAAAAUGUUGGUACCUUGGAAAAGUUACAGUUCACAGGUAGAAACUGCCAAAUCGCGGCAUGGUUUGGUUAAGCGUAAUUUAUGAAGUUCUUCAUAGAGAGAGAGCCUCCCUUGUUAUCAAAUAUACUCCCUAUCAACAACCAGUUCUGCAAGUGCAAGGUUCAGAGGGUCUUCAGACUUCCUCGUGAAGAGAUUCUGCACACAAAACGAUUCUAGAGAAAAAUGAAAAAAAGAGGAGAUAACAUUCAAACACUCCCACAGCAGUAGAAGAACAUCAGAGGACAGCUUCAAAUCUUCAGGAAAAGAAUCAGCAGGUCUGGGUAGCCUCAGCCUCUCCAUCAGAGCUACGCAAUCUUGUUUUCUCAGCAAGAGUUUCCACCUCUACACAAUCCUGUUGUAUCUAUAUAAAGUCUUGCUAUCUCGGUAAAAGUUUCCAAGUUUCCAGCUCUAUGCAAUCUUGCUAUCAAGAUCAAGGAGCCCUCAGAAAUAUAACAUAAUGACAACAUGAAUCAUUCAUCAGCACGCCAUGGAUCAAAUUAGGCAAAGCGUAACUCUGAAGAAGAAUCAAAAGUUGCAUACAGAUAUCGAUAUGCAUUGUAAUGAGAGUGUGACUGAUAAACACCACCAAUUUUUUUUAUAAGAUGACAGGAUAAACACUUCGACUUGGACCACCACAUCAAUGAUCUAUCGAUGAUGAACACAAAGCCAUAAGUUGUCAACAGCACGUACACGCCCGAUGUCUCCACUCUCCAGCCCUGGAUCACAGAGCGUGCUCGAAGAUUCCCAGAUUCCGAAUGGAAGACGGCGGGAAGCACUUCGUGUUCGUCCAUGGCCUCGGCCACGGCGCGUGGUGCUGGUACAGGGUGGUCGCCGCGCUGCGCGCCGCGGGGCACCGCGCGACGGCGCUCGACAUGGCCGCGGCGGGCGCGCACCCGGCGCGCGCCGACGAGGUGGGCUCCCUCGAGGAGUACUCGCGCCCGCUGCUCGACGCCGUGGCCGCAGCGGCGCCCGGCGAGCGGCUGGUGCUCGUCGGGCACAGCCUCGGCGGCCUCAGCCUCGCGCUCGCCAUGGAGAGGUUCCCGGACAAGGUCGCCGCCGCCGUGUUCCUCGCCGCCUGCAUGCCGGCCGCCGGCAAGCACAUGGGCAUCACGCUCGAAGAGUUCAUGAGGAGGAUCAAACCGGAUUUCUUCAUGGACAGCAAAACCAUCGUCCUGAACACGAAUCAAGAACCAAGAACCGCAGUUCUGCUUGGCCCCAAAUUACUGGCAGAGAAACUGUAUAAUCGAAGCCCACCAGAGGAUCUGACGCUGGCGACGAUGCUGGUGAGGCCUGGCACCAACUACAUCGAUGAUCCGAUCAUGAAGGACGAGACGCUGCUCACUGAAGGCAACUACGGGUCGGUGAAGAGGGUGUUCUUGGUCGCCAUGGAUGAUGCUUCGAGCGACGAGGAGAUGCAGCGGUGGACCAUUGAUCUGAGCCCAGGCGUGGAAGUCGAGGAGCUCGCCGGAGCGGAUCACAUGGCAAUGUGCUCCAAGCCGAGGGAGCUGUGUGAUUUGCUGCUCAGGAUUGCAGCUAAGUAUGACUAAGAAAUGGUUUUAGCAGGGUUAAAAUUUUUUUACGAUUCCAGUAUCUGUCUUCUAUCAGUGUUAAGCAGAAGAGAAACAUGUAAUCAGUGGUUCGGUUGUGUUUUGUGAAGCUAAUGAUAAUAUCUCACCAGAUCAAUUUUAUCCCGAUCUUGUGAUGAACAAA